AUGUUUCAUUCUGAGCAAUUUGAUCUUGCUAAACUUGCAGAGGAGAAUCAUUCUUCUGAAGAUCUUGAUAACCUUUGUUUCCAAUUCACCUCACCACCUGGUCAAAAUACAUUAAAUGCUACAGAUUUCCAGUUGGAAGAAGAUGAAAAGGACAACCCUUUUGCAUCACUUGGAAUUGUUAAAGACUUCUCAAGCAGAUCAAGAAAAAUGAAUGGCGAAAAGAUUCAUGUUCUAAGCUGUAAUGUCGAAGAACCUGAGGCAAAUGAGCAAACACUGUCGACUCCUGAAAGAAUUCGAAUUGCUGGACAACAGUUUAUUGAUUCGUAUUCUUCAAAAGCUGAUGAAAUCUGCCAACUCAGCCAUCCCUUUAAGGUUUCGUUUUCUGGGCUCUCUAAUGAUGAAACUAAAGACAUCCAACUUCUGGUUACCCUUCUAGCUUCCGCUGAAAAAACGGGUCAAAAACAGUUUAAUCAAGCAAAAAAACUCAUUCGGUUAUGCAGCGAUAUGUCUUUCAAUGAAGGAAACCCCGUCGAAAGAUUGGUUUACUAUUUUUCUGAAGCUAUUCGAAUGAAAAUAAACAGCGAAUUGGGAAGUGUCGCACGUAAUGGACUUGAAAGUAUGCAGUUUGAUCUUCAAGAAGCCUUGAUGAACGUGGACUCAUGCAUCUUUGCAUUUCACCAGAAAGUUCCUUUAUCGCAAGUUUGCCAGUUCAGUUCGUUUCAUACAAUAAUCGAAAACUUGACAAAAGCUACAAAAAUUCACGUAAUUGAUCUCGAGAUUAGAACAGGGAUGCAGUAUGUAGUUAUGAUGCAAGCUCUAGCAAGUCAAAGUGAAUGUCAUAUCGAUCAUAUCAAAAUAACUGCUAUUGGUACAAGAUCGGAGUCCAAGAUAAAAGAUACCUGUAAGAAUCUUGCUGAUUUUGCGAAGACGAUGAACAUCAUACUUAGUUUCAAGAUAGUUAUGGUAGCUGAUAUAAUGGAUUUUAAUAUCGAUCUUCUUGAACUUGAUGGAGACGAAAAGGUUGCCGUCUACGCGCCAUUCAUUUUAUCAACCCUAAUUGUGAAACCGAAAAGUCUCGAAUAUCUUAUGCGGGAGAUUCGGAAGAUCAAUCCUUGUGUAAUGGUCAUCACCGAAGUCGAAGCAAACCAUACUUCACCAGCUUUUGUGGAUCGUUUCAUUGAAGCUCUUUUCUUCUAUGGUGCACUUUUCGACAGUGUGUCGGAUUGUUUGAGCAACGAUGAUCUGAACAGAAAGGUUAUGGAGUCUGUAUUCUAUGGUCACUGUAUACGAAAUAUUGUGGCAGCUGAAGGAGAUGAGAGAACAAUUCGACACAUUGGCGUUGAUGUUUGGAGGAAAUUCUUUCAGCGAUUUGGGAUGCUGGAAAUAGAAUUGAGUGAUGCGACACUGAAUGAAGCCAAGUUGCUGAUCGAUAACUUCAAACGUGGGGAUUCUUGUUCGCUUCUUGUUGAUCGUGGAUGUUUCCUUGUUGGAUGGAAAGGUGUAUCAAUCUUCUCUGUUUCUGCUUGGAAGUUUAUAUGA